AUGUCCGCCGUCCUCGCCAUCACAGACCGCCGCUCGGCCCUGUUUCAGAUACUUUUUGCUGUCUUUGAUUCGUUGGAAGGGUUCGUCAUCGUUAUGGUGCACUGCAUCCUGCGGCGAGAGGUGCAGGAUGCUGUGAAGUGCCGAGUUGUAGAUCGCCAAGAAGAAGGCAACGGCGACUCGGGCGGCUCCUUCCAGAAUGGACACGCUCAGUUAAUGUUGGAGGAAGCCAAUAACCCGUACAUCUGCACCGCCAUGGUGGGGCUGAAAGACAAGAAAGCCGCGUCAGAAUUUGAGAAAGAUGUGGACCUGGCGUGUCGAUCAGCCCUCAGCAAGGACAUCUCAACAUGUAGAACAUCUACCAUUACGGGGACUUUAAAACGCCCAUCACUGCAAGAUGAAGAGAAGAUGAAGAACCACCAAAAGGGAUCAAACUUUAACAGUCUUCCAGCCAACGUCUCCAAAAUGCAUCUUCAAGGCUCUCCGCAUUAUCUCGGAAGCAUUAAUCUCAACGAGUACAAUAACCAUACGCUCACCUUAAAAAAAGACAAAAACCAGCCCCCAAAGCCCAUGUACAUGUGCGAAGGGGACAUCUUUAAAAAGUUAGACUCUGAGCUCACCAGAGCGCAGGAGCAGUCAAUGGACACCAGCUACGUCAUUUUACCCAGCAACACGGCCACCUUGAGGGCCAAGCCAAAGGAGGACAGCAAAUACAGCAUGAACAUUGACCAGAUGCCCCAAACCCGGCUCAUUCAUCUCAACAUGGGCGAUCCCAGCUACAUGGUGAAGAGUCCACCCAGGGAACGCAUGGGCAUGAAAUGUCCUGAGCAGGGCUCUCCAAUGCAGAAGCAACAGCUGCACCCCAGCGAGUCUCAGAUCCCAAUGGGGCUAUGCGAAAAAGCAGAAUUGGGGACAACAGGUAUUGUCCCGAAGAGCGAAACCAUCUCCACGCUAUCGAUGAGCUCUUUAGAGAGAAGAAAAUCGCGGUAUGCGGAACUAGAUUUUGAGAAAAUUAUGCACACCAGGAAACGCCACCAGGACAUGUUCCAGGACUUAAAUCGGAAGCUUCAGCAUGCGGAGAAGGAUAAGGAGUCUCCAACAGCGGAGAGCAAGAUGGAGAAACAGCAGACACCCAGCAAGAGGUCUUGGGAAGGAAUGAGGAAGAUUCAGUCUCCACCAUCUUGGGUUAAAAAGGACAUGGAGCCAGUGUCACCUUCUCCCUUAGAACUAAAGACUGUGGAGUGGGAGAAAACUGGGGCAACGAUACCUCUGGUGGGGCAAGACAUAAUUGAUCUUCAGACUGAGGUCUGA